AUGGUCUACAGCAUCAAAGCCGCCUUCAUGGCGCCUUCAACACCAACCCACGGUUCGGAAACCCGUCCCCGUCCCGGGUUGCUCCGCACCACACGGUCCUUCCCACGUCACGAUGCUCAGGAGAUGAUAGAUCCGUUGUCUAGAAGCCAGCGUGCCAACACAUUCGAAAAUGGUACUUCACCCGAGGUAACGGUGACACAGCACAAAUCGCCGCAGAAACAUACUGCGGCAAAGACAGAUGAGCCAGAUGCCUUCGAAGCUACCGAGGCAGAGGAGUCAGUGGAGGUCCCUCGCGCGUCAGUUGACAUGGAGGAUAUUCCCAUAGAGCUCGUCAGUAUGACAGACAAUUUCAUCGACUCGCUCUCUGCGAAAGUCCAUCCUGUUCCUCCGAAUAUCGAGAGUCUUUCUAAACGUUUCCAAGAGUUUUAUGUCAUAACAGCCCAGCACAUUCAAACACAUAUUGCGAGUUUAGCCAGUAGACAAAGUCGCGACAGCUCCCCUUGUCCUCCCGCCCCCGCGAGAGCGUCCACAGCAAGCCUGCUCAGAGCAAAAGCCGCCUCGUUUAGCAAGGAGAAGACAAAGCCAGCACCUACACAAGAAGCCGAACAGCAAAUGCUCACAAGCGAAGAACUGGCCAACAGGAAGAAAGCAAGAAAGGCGCUAGAGCACAAGAGGGUUCUGCUAGAAGAAGGAGUCGAGAGGAGACUAUGUGAGGGCAUAUAUGAUCGGAUAUAUCGCCACAGGACCACCCAGGACGAGGCCCAAGACGACAAACUGAGAUCAAAGACUGCGGCACUUGCUCUGGUUGGUAUUGGACCCGCCGAUCUAGGGGUAGACCUGGGCGAAGUUGCUGAAGACGACGUCGAGGGGGCUGCCAAGAAGCAAGAGGAAAUCUCCCAGUACCUGGAUCAGGCACGAAAGGACUUGAUGAUGAUGCACGAGAAGCGAUAUCCUCUUGGCAAGCUGAAUCAACUUAAAGCCGCUCACAAGAGCAUUGUGGAUACUUUGUCACACUUUCAUCCCUCAUCUUCCGCGGACGAGAUCAUGCCGAUGCUCAUCUACACCUUGAUCACCAUGCCACCAGAGAAGCUCAACGUCAUAAGCGACUCGAUGUUCAUUCAACGGUUCCGAUGGGAAGAGAAGUUGGAGGGCGAGACCGCUUACUGUCUCACCAACUUGGAGGCUGCCAUUACUUUCCUGGAGACAGUAGAUCUCGCAAGUCUUCGGUCAAACGAGACGCUAGCCGGACCAGAGAAGGGGGUCGGCGGUUUUGAGACGCCUUUGAAGACCGAGACGUUCCCGCCAGCUUACACUCCUGGUCUGUCAUCAGCUUCUCAAAGCUCUCCGGUCAUCGGUGUUGGGACCGCUUCGGAGUCCAAGCCCUCAACAUCGUCCACAGCCGCAAAAGCGGCAGCACAACGCCGCAAACUGAGCGACCUCAUUCAGACACCGUCGCAAGCAAUCGGCAACGCAACCGACUCGUUCUUCAAUACUGCCGACCAAAGCUUUAAAAACAUCCAAAAUAUUGGGAACAGUCUUGGGGACAGCUACAAGCUCCUACUCGGAAAGCUGCGCGAUUCCUCAGCCAACGGGAAGGAAUUGGUUGUGCCACGCACGCUGGAUGACGCCAGGAAGCUGAUUGAAACACCUUCCCCCGAUGACGAUGUCUUGGACAGCGCAGUUUCUGUUCAAAAUAACGACGAUAAUGAACGUCCAACUCUUCGCAAGGACGACAGAGUCCUCAGUCUGGUCGGUGGCAAGAAAUUACCCCGGGAUCGUAGCGCAGACAGCACGCGGAGUGCUAGAAGUGCAAGCUCGUCCAAGAAGGUCGUGUUUGCAGAGGAUAACAAGGACAAAGCCGCCGUCGCCGUAUCCACGGCAUCAGCAGCGUCUUCGUCUAACCCCGCUCUUGUUGAUCAAAUGCGGAACCUUGGGAACACCUUGAACCCCAUCAACCGGCUGUCGUCCAUGAGCAUGAUGCGAGGUUUUGGUCGAACGACUCCAACCCCUGCUCAACCAGCCGCAAAGGACACCGCCAGCAAGCCGGUUGACGGGGGUGAUUUGGCAGCUGCCUUCCCAGACAUUGCCACAGCUCUACCGCCGAAAGACGUCCCGCAGAUCAAACCCCCCUCGAAGAGAUUCAUGGAGCUCCAGAAUCCUGCGGACUUGAAAUUAGGCGAGGUACUAGAACUACUGAGAGAUUAUCGAAGACUUGCUGGGGCACUGAAAGACAUGGGUGCCUUUAAGGAGUCGUAG